AACUGCAAGACAAAAGUAGAAGAAUUGGCAAGAUUUUCUGAUUUUGUGCUUAAAAACCAGUCUCACUCACAGAAAGAGAGAGAAAGAGAGAGAGAAGGGGCGGGUGCAGAGGGAAAAUAAUCUGUGGGAUGUCUUAAAUUGAGGUUGCAGAGGGGUAGUUGCAGUGGCUGAUGGCGGCGUUUGCAGGGCUGUGACUUUAAUGCAUCAAAGAAAAAAAAAAGACGAAAUUUAAUUCAAGAGAGAGAGUGAGAACCAACGAAUUUAUCUUUCCAUUCCAUUCCAUGUCCUAAAAAAUUCCUAAAUUUUGUCCUGAAAAGCAGCUAAUAAAAGAGAACGAAACCCCCAAAAAAUCACACAGUGAGAGUGUGUCAGUGAGCAGAGUUAGCAGCACAAAACACUCGCACACUCAAAUACAUUCACAUAUACGUCUAUACUAGGUAGUAUGUAGUAUAUUCAAGAUUGCAAUUUUGUCUCUCUCUCUCUCUCUCUCUAUCUAAUACAUACGCACACUGGCUAGGCUGAGGCUUUUUGGCUAUGGAUUUUGUCUUAAAAUUGAAAUUGGAUAUAGCUUCUAGGGGUGGAAAAUGUCUGGGUUUUUCUCACUAGGUGGUAAGAAUCAAGAACAAGAACACAUUCAAGAUAAUAACAAUAGCCUUUUUCUGUUCAAGAACGAAGAGAUCUAUAGCAAGGGUUUUGAGAUAUGGCAACAGUACUAUCAGUUGCAUCAACAAAAGCUACAAAAUCAUCUGGAUGUGGAUUUCUCGGUUGGACCCAGUAGUAGGAGUAAUAAUAUAUCAGGUGAUGAUUCUUCGAACUAUAGUUAUAGAUCAGCAGGGGCAGCAGCAGGGUUUAGGGUCAUGAUGAGGCAAGGAAGAGGCGGGGGUGAGGGCAUGAAUUGCCAAGAUUGUGGGAAUCAAGCUAAGAAAGAUUGCCCACAUAUUAGAUGCCGAACUUGCUGCAAAAGCCGAGGAUUUCAGUGCCAUACCCACGUCAAGAGCACCUGGGUUCCGGCUUCUAAAAGGCGCGAGAAGCAACAGCAACAAGUGCAAGAUCAAAACCAGUUGACACUGAGAGGGGAAAUUCCGAAGAGGCAAAGAGAGAUUCCUGGUGGUGAUGGUGGUGGUUCUUCUUCUCUUGCCUGCACUACUACUCGUUUACCCACCAACACGUCAGGGUUUGAGUUGGGGAACUUUCCAGCAGAAGUGAAUUCUUCCGCUGUUUUUCGCUGCGUAAGAGUGAGUGCAAUGGAUGAUGCUGAGGAGCAGUAUGCCUACCAGACGGCUGUCAAUAUUGGAGGCCAUGUUUUCAAAGGAAUUCUCUACGAUCAGGGCGCUGAAAGCCGCUAUCCGGGGGAGAGCUCCUCCGGCUGUGGCGAAUCCCAACAGCCACUUGAUCUUAUCACCGCCGCAGCAGCCACUACUAGCCACCAGGGUGUGACAAUGCUUGAUCCUUCAAUGUACCCUACUCCUCUUAACUCUUUCAUGGCGGGUACGCAAUUCUUCCCACCACCAAGACCUUGAGAAGUGGUAGUAUAGUGUUACUACUAUUACUAUGUACUCUCUUAAAAGGAACUUAGGUAUUAACAUCAUGUUUGGUAAAUAAGAAAAAAAAGUAGAAAAUAUUGUUGUAACAACUACCAAACAUGUCUUAAGAGAAUUUUAUUUUAAUUCUAUUCUAGUUCCUAGUAAAUGUCCAUUUGUUAUGUGCCCUACAAAUACACUCGGGAUGUUUAAUUUUGUUCGAAUUUCAAUUAUGAUUUUGCUUUAUGGUUAAUUGUUAA